UCCAAAUCAGCGUGUCGGUCGAAUCGAGGCGAGUUGAGCUGUUUAUGCUAUCGUACGCACGUACCAAAGCACAGUGUGAGAGUCACGAAACAACAUAUUAUGCUCUAGAAACAAUAGUGGAACCGCAGUGGCAAUCAGUGCCCAUUCAACGCCGGAAGAAGGUAAACGCAACGGUGAAUUGUUGCAUUGCGGUACACCUGUGAUCAUGAUUGCAAUAUAAGCAUUGUUUUUCGUAUACCUUUUUACCUCUACAUUUGUGUGUAUUUUUUAUGAUAGUGUGUGUUGUCGUCUUUUCACGUCUGCUUUUCGCGAUCUAAAGGGAAGAAGGCAGUCAAGCGAAUUUGAUCGACACAUCUCAUUAUAAAUCGUACCCUUCGCAGCCGGAGCUUUCGCACAUCCUACGCGAUUUUAUAAGUAGUUUUGCGUGUGCGAGAAAGUGUAUUAUAGACAGUUUGACAACACGGGGAAAGAAAAGUGAAUUUUGGUGGUUUGAAAAUUGUGAUUAUCUCUCGCGUUUGUGGCCGAUUGUCCGACAGGCAAUCAACGUGUCCUUGAAUAUUUUGGUUUAACCUUUACCCACAUUUCAUCCCUACGUCUCCAAACCGGUGCAGCGAUGGAUGCUGACAGUGUGCAAUCAAUGAGUGACUUUAAACAAGUAGCCACGGUGCCGCAGUACGGAUUAAAGCUCAAGUUCAACCAUGUCUUUAGCGACAACCGUAACCAAAACUUACGCCCAUCGAUCCGUCAGCUGCUUCCCAUCGUCCCGAUGGCUUUAAGAUACAUUCCAUACUAUUGGAAGGUUUCUCGUGAGGGUCGCCAAGUACUAAUGGACUACUGGUACACGGAGAACGGCAAGCAGAUCUAUGGCGCUCCGCUCGGUGGCAUUGGCGCCGGUACGAUUGGGCGCGGGUUUGCUGGCGAGUUCUGCCGUUACCAGAUGAAGCCGGGUUUAUACGAGUACAACACCGUAUAUGCCAAUCAAUUCAUCGUAACCAUUAAGGACGAAGUUGGCGCCACUAUAUUCCACAGUCUGCUAUCGACCUACAGUUCCCGCCCCAAAAAUCCACUCGGAAGCUGGGAAAGUGCGCUGAAUGCUUCCAGGUGUAACUACACCGCACUGUAUCCACGCGCCUGGUCUGAGUAUGACCUGAGCGAACACGGCAUCAGACUGGUACAGCGGCAGAUAUCGCCUAUCAUCCCGCACGAUUACAAGGAAAGUUCCUUGCCUUGUGGCGUUUUCGUAUGGAUGAUCGAGAACUUAUGCGACAAGGAUCGACAGGUAACACUGACUUUUUCCUUCAAGAAUGGUACCGGUACGAAAAAACAAGAUGCUGAGGGAGGCAGUGAAACCAGCGUAUUUACACAGGGGAAUGCUCGAGGUGUAUCUAUACGGCAAACAAUUGCCGAUAUGCCAUGCACAUACUGUGUAAGCUGCCGCUGUUCGUCCGAAAUCAAUCUGACACGGUGCGUGCGGUUCGAUCCGACUACCAAUGGUGAAAAUCUUUGGAACGAUCUGAAAAAGCAUGGCCAUUUAACUGAAAAAUCCAACGAUGAAACGCUCAAAUCAAAGGACGUAGCUGUUGCGGUGAGCGGUCAGAUUCUAGUACAACCUGGCACGACAUCACAACUGGAGUUUGCACUCGUGUGGGAUAUGCCAAAGGUACACUUUCAGAAGCGUGGCAAAGAAUAUUAUCGUUAUUAUACGAAAUACUUCGGAAAAAGUGGUGAUGCAGGGCCGAUGAUUUCGGAGUAUGCACUUAACAAUUACCGAAAAUGGGAGCGAUUAAUUGAUGAAUGGCAGCGGCCAAUACUGGACGAUGCUGACCUGCCAGGUUGGUAUAAAAGUGCAAUCUUCAACGAAUUGUACUUCAUAGCUGACGGUGGCAGUGUGUGGUUCACGACCGACGAUCAAGCCGACCUUCCGUACGAUGAUCCUCGUCUAGCGUAUGGGCGUUACUCGUACCUUGAAGGUCACGAAUAUCGUAUGUACACAACGUAUGAUGUGCAUUUCUAUGCGUCGCAUGCAAUAGCAAGUCUGUGGCCGAAUUUGCAGGUUAGCAUUCAGUACGACUACAAGGAUAGUAUCGAACGUGAAAUUACCGAGGGACGGAAGCAUUUGUAUGAUGGAAAGGUGAUUCCACGGAAGAUUAAAAAUUCUGUACCGCAUGAUCUCGGCGAUCCUGCGGAAGAACCAUUCGAUCUUAUCAAUGCUUAUCCAAUCCAUGACGUGUCGGAAUGGCGUGACUUAAAUAUCAAAUUCAUUCUGCAAGUGUAUCGUGACUACUAUACACUCAAUCACUACGCGCAACUGAACGCGAAAAAUGCAAGCAAAUUCAGCUCAAUUGAAUUUAUCGACAAGGAAAGCAUAUAUGAUACGUACAUUCAAGAUAAUCGGAACAAACCGAAUAGAGACAACUCACCGAUGGAUAACAAGGCCGAAAAUCGUAAGUCGGCCUCGAUGUACAUCAAUGAAACGAACGGCAAAGUGUAUCUGAUGGAUGCACUCACUUAUCUGAAAGUGAUGUAUCCAGCGUGUCGUUCGGUACUUGAACGCUCGCUGGAAUGGGACAAGGACGAUGAUGGAUUGAUUGAGAACAGUAAAUCGCCCGAUCAAACAUACGACACGUGGGUGAUGGAUGGUCCAAGCGCCUAUUGUGGCGGAUUGUGGUUGGCCAGCUUGCACUGCAUGUCUGCUAUGGCGAAUUUGCUGGAUCAAAGCGAAGAUAGUGAUCGUUACAAGACAAUCCUCAACAGGGGACGUGUGUCGUUCGAGGAAAAACUUUGGAAUGGUACGUACUAUCGAUUCGAUGCACAAAGCGGUUCGAAAAAUAGCAUCAUGUCGGAUCAACUGUGCGGACAUUGGUAUCUUCGGGCCUGCGGGUUUGACUAUGAUGUGUUUCCAAAGGAAAACGUUCGCCUAACGUUGCGAACUAUAUACGAGAAUAAUGUGAUGCGAUUCUGUGGUGGACAGCUAGGUGCAGUUAACGGGUACGUACCAAGCGGGCAACCAAACAAGGAUGGACGCCCCGAUACGUCCACCAUACAGGGUGAGGAGGUGUGGACCGGUGUAACUUAUGCUCUUGCUUCGACAAUGAUUCACGAGGGUAUGUACGAGGAAGCAUUUCAGACGGCUGGUGGACUUUAUCAGGCUCUUUCGGAGCGAAUCGGCAUGAACUUUGAAACUCCCGAAGCACUGUACGCGGAACGACACUACCGUGCGAUCGGUUACAUGCGCCCACUCAGCAUAUGGUCGAUGCAGACAGCGUGGGAAAUGAAGAAACUGCGUCGCGAUUAAGUCAUUUUCAUGCGGCAAGUAGAAUUGCAUGCUUUGCACAUGCGUGAUUUGUCGCUACAGCAUAGCUAUUUGUUAUAAAUUACUUAUCGGAAGUUCACUUGCUUCGUUUCUCACACUGUGGUGUUCAACGUUCUUCAUUUAUAGGGAUUUUUAAAAUACACCGAAUUUAUCUAAAAUGACCAUCGAUUUAAGUUUUUACCGUCCCCUAAAAUAGAGGGAUGAUAAUAUAAAAUGCUCUAGUCAUUAAGGUUUCACGUGUAUCGUUAGCUUCAUAGAAGUAAAAUCGAACUACAUUUAACUGACAACUAUUGCGGAGAGCCCUGUAAGUUCGUGUGCAAUGUAUCUUUUACUGGGCUGCUUGUCAACCACCAACAUCUUUUGCACUUACACCACAGUAUGUUUUCCACAGACAGAAAAACACGCUCUCUUCUCUCUUUCUCUUGGCGUAAACGACCUACUAAGGUCAUGCAUGCCUGUCUUUUCUGGCUUACUAGACUUAAUUUCAUCACGUAGCCGGAUAGUCAAAUCCUUGCUAAGGGGGAUUGGUCCGGAUGGGAUUUUGGUUCGGUCCGUUCGUGUGACGACCGGCGCAGCGUCCAUCCGGAUCACCCACAUAGAACACACAUAAAUCAUAAAAAGAAACAUAGUGUUUUGUUUUUCUUAUUCAAUUAUGUUGAUCCUUCUGAAGCAAAACUAGUUAUACGGCCUGAUCUUUCUUCAAGAAAUAUAAAAUGAUGUAUUGGUGUCUAAGCAGAACAUGCCUAUGCGUACUUUUCGAUUUUGAUCUUGUUGAAACCUUUCUUUACGCUAACGCAUCAACCGUGGUUUAUAAGGAUAAUCUUAUUGCACAUUUCUUUUCUAACAGUUAACCAUGACCUGACAUUACCAAAAUCGAUUCAACAAUAUACGAACCACUUUAUCCAGGUUUAUUACACAGGACGCCGGCAGAAACAGUUCGCUUCCCGAUAGAAUCAGCAAAGCAAAAAUCUAUAUGUUUGAUCUUGCGCACAACAUUGUAACGGCUGAAACGGCAUAACUUCGUCGGCUGAAACGAAAUUCCAUACUAACGAACAGUUUUUAGAUUUCUCAUACCAGGAGGGUAUCUUUGAAUGAGGCAACAUUAAUUUAAUAUUUCGCCAUAAAGGUUUUCAAGAAGGAUCAUAGAAUUGCACGCAACGAAGUAGAAUCGUUUUUGAGAGCGAAGCGCUUUUCCUAAGACAUCAACACAAUGCGCCAUCCAUUCCUGGUGAACCUAUUCUCAUGCUUCCAGACAGCUGUAAGUACGCGGCGGAGGUGCUCCUUCCACUUCUGAGCAUGACGUUUCUCUUCUGCUUCUUUCUUAUUGUGCUUAUUUUCGAGUCAAAUUCAAUGGAUUUAAAAUUUAAAAUGGAUCGUUACUUUUAUCAAAACAUAAAAAUCAUAAUGAAUGAAUCAUAUAGAUUUUAGAUAUGCAAAUAUACAAACCAACUGUUUUCCGAUACCAGGAGAGAACGUUUUUCAAGAGGUGACACCUGCAGGCGUGGAACAAAUUUGCCCAUCACUAUUGCAUUGCAUACUGUCAAGCCUGUGAGAGUGAUCGCUAGUGUAUGGAUUAUGGAUGAAACGGAAAGCAUCCUUCCUGGUAUCGGAAAUCUGAAAACAGCUGGUUUGUAUGGAAUUUCGUACCAGUCGAUGGAAAGUUUGAUGCUUUCCGUUGCAUCCAUCUAGCGAUCGCUCUCACAGGUUUGUUAAUAUGCAAUAGUGAUGAGCAAAUUUAUUCCACGCUGCAGGUGAAGCAACAAAAAGUCUAGAAAAAUAAAUAAAUUAUAAAUAAUACAUUACAUAAAAUUAAAAAUAUAAUUGUACAAGAAAAUCCU